AUGGACAGCCUCGCAGAAACACAUCGAAUGGCAGUUGCAUCAUUAAGUCAGUGGAUGGCAGCUUUUGAGGCCCACUUGAAAGUUUCAUCUCCUGGAGAAGACUUGAGUGGCCUUAAGCGUGAUUACAACACUUUCAAGGACGGUAGUCCGGAAAGCCUGAUCCUUGAGGUCGAUAUCAGAGGAGUCAAAGCUGUUCUGGGCGUUGUCUAUUGCCCCCCGGCCAUCAACUAUUUCUCUCAACUGGAAACCCUUUUUGACUCUUUUUCCUCGGAGUACAAGCAUCACAUUGUCAUGGGGGAUUUUAACACUGAUCUCACUAGGUCCACCCCGAGGUCACGUGGCCUGAGGUCGAUCCUUGAGUCGUCGAAUCUUUCAGUUCUCCCACUAGACCCAACCCAUUGUAAUGUUGGUUCCGAAGACUCUUGGAUUGACCUCAUGCUCGUGUCCUCCCCAGAGCUGGUCGUUAAUCAUGGACAGGUCGCGGCGCCAGGGUUAUCUAGUGGCCAGGAAAACUGGAUUCAGUAUAAGAUAGCGAGGAAUCGGUGUAACCAGAUGGUGAGAGCUGCCAAACGCCGAUACAUUUUUGAUAGUGUUCAAAACUCUUCGCAGGCUGAUGUAUGGAAGUUCUUAAAAACUCUGGGCGUUUGUGAGACUUCAACAAGUGUUUUAUCACCAAACUUGUCCCUCAACAGUCUCAACUCGCAUUUCGCUGCAUCUACGGGUCUCACAGACGUAGUCAAACACAAAACUAUUUCUGAGAUAACUUCCAGGCCUAUAUUACCUCCUAACACAUUUUCAUUUAGUCCCGUGACUGACCUCGCGAUCCAAAGAGUUUUUGCAUCAAUUAAAUCCAGGGCGGUGGGCUCUGAUGGGAUGGGUCGAACCAUGGUCUCCUUAAUAUUCGAGCACUUCCUUCCCCAUUUUACUCACAUAAUUAAUUAUUCUAUUUUUUACGGUGUAUUCCUGUCAUCGUGGCGGAAAGCAUAUAUAAUUCCACUUCCAAAAACCUCCAAUCCUUGUCAGCCCAACCAUUACAGACCCAUUUCUAUCCUCCCUUACCUGUCCAAGAUCCUCGAAGCAGUGGUUCAUAAACAAACGUCCUCUUACAUAUUUAAACAUAAACUGCUGCCUCCCUUCCAAUCAGGUUUUCGGCCCGGCCACAGCACAUCCACUGCCCUGUUGAAGGUCACAGAGGAUGUAAGGCAUGGCAUGGAGGGUUCGAGGUUAACUGUGUUGGUUUUAAUCGACUUCUCCAACGCUUUUAACACGGUUGACUACGAUAUUCUCUUGGCCGUGCUCACUCAGAUUGGAUUCUCGGCGUCAUCGCGGGAUUGGUUUUCUACAUAUCUUCGCGGUCGCCAGCAGGCGGUUCGCGUUGGUCAGGAAUUCUCCGACUGGGGCGGGCUAACAGCUGGUGUACCGCAAGGCGGUAUACUCUCUCCUUUGUUAUUCUCUCUAUUUAUAAAUUCUAUCACUAGUCUCCUCAAAUGCUCUUAUCAUCUUUACGCCGAUGAUCUACAACUAUACGCUCAGGCUGAUAUCGCUAACUUGAACACCUGCAUAGAACAUCUCAACACUGACUUACUUGCGAUUCGCAAGUAUAUAUGGAAAGUGGGAGUAGCAGGCAGGGAGCGCGGGCGGGGUACAACAGUACAUGCGUACGCAGAACGAUCAUUAGAUUCAAAACAAUAG